AAGUGUCAGAGGUCGCUGUGCUGCCCCACAGCCGUGCGCUCGGGGAGAUGGACGGCUAGAGCCCGCGGCCCUCCGCCUCCUCUUCCCCGCCAGCAUGUUCGGCCGCUCCCGCAGCUGGGUGGGCGGUGGGCACGGUAAGGCCGCCCGCAGCAUCCACUCCUUGGACCAUCUCAAGUAUAUGUAUCAUGUUUUGACCAAAAAUACCACAGUAACGGAUCACAACCGCAAUCUGUUAGUGGAGACUAUUCGUUCUAUAACUGAAAUCCUUAUAUGGGGAGAUCAGAAUGACAGCUCCGUGUUUGACUUUUUCUUAGAGAAGAACAUGUUUGUUUUCUUCUUGAACAUCCUGCGUCAGAAAUCUGGUCGUUAUGUAUGUGUACAGCUGCUGCAGACCUUGAACAUCCUCUUUGAAAAUAUUAGUCACGAGACAUCACUCUAUUAUUUGCUCUCUAAUAAUUAUGUAAAUUCUAUCAUUGUCCACAAAUUUGACUUUUCUGAUGAGGAGAUCAUGGCAUAUUAUAUCUCAUUUCUGAAAACACUUUCCCUGAAACUCAACAAUCACACUGUACACUUUUUUUACAAUGAGCACACUAAUGAUUUUGCCUUGUAUACGGAGGCCAUUAAAUUUUUUAACCACCCAGAGAGCAUGGUCAGAAUUGCUGUCAGGACUAUAACUUUAAAUGUCUACAAAGUGUCAUUGGACAACCAGCCUAUGUUGCACUACAUUCGAGAUAAAACUGCUGUCCCCUACUUCUCCAACCUUGUUUGGUUUAUUGGGAGCCAUGUGAUAGAACUGGAUACCUGUGUGCAGACUGAUGAAGAGCACAGAAAUAGAGGCAAACUGAGUGAUUUGGUAGCAGAACAUCUGGAUCAUUUGCAUUAUCUGAAUGAUAUCCUUAUCAUUAAUUGUGAAUUCUUAAAUGAUGUGCUCACAGACCACCUACUUAAUAGGCUGUUUCUGCCUCUCUAUGUGUAUUCAUUAGUAAAUCAAGAUAAGGGUGGGGAGCGUCCAAAAAUAAGUCUCCAAGUUUCUCUCUAUCUUCUCUCACAAGUUUUCCUGAUUAUACAUUAUGCACCUCUGGUGAACUCGCUGGCUGAGGUUAUUCUUAAUGGAGACCUUUCAGUAUUCUCCUCAAAAGUUGAGCAAGAUAUUCAGAGAAGUUCAGCAAAAUCAAGCAUCAGAUGCUUCAUAAAACCUACAGAGACACUGGAGAGAUCUCUUGAAAUUAACAAGCAUAAGGGAAAGAAGAGGUUGCAAAAAAGACCCAACUAUAAAAAUGUUGGUGAAGAGGAUGAAGAGGAGAGAGGACUUGAGGAUACUCAAGAAGACCCAGAUAAGGCUAAAGGUACAGAGGGUAGUUCAAAAGGCAUCAAGGCAAGUGGGGAAAAUGAAGAAAUAGAGAUGGUAAUCAUGGAGCGGUGUAAGAUGUCAGAAUUAUCUAUCUCAACGGUGACAGAGCAGAAUACAACUGAUGAAGAAAAGAGUGCUGCUGCCUCUGGGAGUGAAAAGACAAACUGGAGCAGGCCUUUUUUCGAUAUGGUAUAUAAUGCACAGGACUGUGCUGAAGAUGAUUACUAUGCUCUCUUUGUACUUUGUCUUCUGUAUGCAAUGUCUCAAAAUAAAGGAAUUGACCCAGUCAAGCUGGAAAGAAUUCAGCUUCCAGCCCAGCAUGCUGAGGAGAAAAGCUCAUACAACCACGUACUUGCAGAAAGGCUCAUCAGGAUAAUGAAUUAUGCUGCUCAACCAGAUGGAAAAGUUCGUCUUGCAACACUGGAACUGGGCUGUCUAUUACUAAAGCAGCUGGUUUUAUCUAAAAGUGGCAGUAUUAUAAAAGAUGUUCACCUUGCUUGCCUUGAGGGUGCAAGAGAAGAGAGUGUUCAUCUUCUGCGACACUUCUAUAAGGGAGAAGAGAUUUUUCUGGAUAUGUUUGAAGACGAAUAUAGGAGUAUGACAAGUAAGCCCAUGAAUGUCGAGUACUUGAUGAUGGAUGCCUCCAUUCUGCUCCCACCAACGGGGACACCACUAACUGGUAUUGAUUUUGUGAAAAGACUGCCAUGUGGAGAUGUGGAAAGAACACGAAGAGCAAUCAGAGUUUUCUUCAUGCUCCGUUCACUGUCACUGCAUUUGCGAGACGAGCCAGAAACUCAGUUGCCAUUGACAAGGGAGGAGGAUCUAAUAAAAACAGAUGAUGUUCUUGACUUGAAUAACAGCGAUUUAAUUGCUUGUACAGUGAUUACAAAAGAUGGAGGUCAAGUUCAGAGAUUUCUGGCUGUGGAUAUUUACCAGAUGAGUUUAGUUGAGCCAGAUGUUGCCAGACUGGGCUGGGGAGUAGUUAAAUUUGCGGGCCUUUUGCAGGAUAUGCAGGUAACUGGAGUAGAAGAUGACAGCAGAGCUCUGAAUAUAAUAAUUCACAAACCUGCAUCUAGUCCGCAUUCUAAGCCCUUCCCCAUUCUCCAAGCCACAUUUAUUUUUUCUGAUCACAUUCGCUGUAUCAUUGCGAAGCAGCGUUUGGCAAAGGGCCGCAUCCAAGCUCGACGUAUGAAAAUGCAGAGAAUUGCGGCUCUCCUGGAUCUUCCUGUCCAGCCUUCAACUGAAGUGAUGGGUUUUGGACACAGCUCUGCAUCUGCAUCACAGCACCUGCCAUUUAGAUUUUACGACCAGUCACGGCGUGGCAGCUGUGACCCUACUGUACAGCGAUCUGUUUUUGCAUCUGUUGACAAAGUCCCAGGUUUUGCAGUAGCCCAGUGUAUAAACCAGCCCAAUCCAUCACCGCUUUCAUCACCAUCUCCUUCUUCCAGUGGCAGUGGGAGUACUGGACAUUGUGAUUCAGUUACUGCCAGCUCAACUUCCACUCCCUCUGCAGCACACAGUCCAUCAGGUCUGGCAGGAAAGGACGACGGCGGGUGUUUAGUCUGUCGGAGGCUGACAGUCACGGUGGACACUGGGUUUAGGUCUUCAAGCAGCAGCUGCAACCGCAACUCGUGCAAAAUCAAUGCAGUAGAUGACUCUUCAGUUCCUGAACAGCCUCCCAUGACCUUUUCCAGUCAGGUGAUGAUGGUUGAUGAAACCUCUUCAGCUGCCUCAAAAUCUGGCAAGAACCCUGUAAAGAACUCUGAAGUGGAAACAGCUAACCUAUCCCCUAGCCUGAUUCCUGCACAACAGCCUACAAUAUCUCUAAUCUCCGAUGACAGUACAGAUGCACUGAGCGUAGAGUCACUUACACUGGUCCCACCGAUUGAUCCACAAAGCAUUCAUACUUUCAGCUGCAUUCCUCAGUCUUCCUUGCCUUCUGAAGUUUGUGGAGUGACAGAGGGAGAGGGUUCUGAUCAAAAUCAACAAGCAGACUGUGAUGAACAGUGAAGAAAAUGCAACUGACUGCUCUGUAUUUUCUUUAAGUGAGGUGAUGGGGGCAUUAAUAAAGCCACAAAGGCCAGUUGGCUCACAAGAAAGAGGCCAGUUACUCAGUAACUCAGUGUAUGGGCAACUCUUUAAAAUAAACAUUAUACAUUCAGCAUUUUUGAAGGAAAUCUCUAUUGUAAUAUGGGAAAGUGAAGAAGCUUUGUUGGGCUACCUUGGCUUCAUGAUGUUUUACUUCUCCAAAUAUGGAGAGACAGCAUUUGCCAGAAAAAGGAAAUAUUUUAGGAUAUUAUAGUACAGAGAUGCUGUUUCCAUUUGAAACAGUUUUUCUAUUCUGUUGGUCUCAUUCAGCUUUUAGAGGUAUGGCAUAAAAAAAACAGACUUGGCCACUUUCAGUAUUGUAUUCAUAGGAUUGUAAGCUUUAAUAUUGUAUCCUCUGUGUAAUAUUUAUUUCAAUGUUUGACUCAAGGCAACAUAAAUAUCAAGGAAAGAUUUUUUAUUAAAAUGAAACAAACCCCUGAUAUAACAA